UAUAACGCCUCGCAGCGGUGAGCAAACGCCUUCCGGUCGUCUCGCCGCCCGAAUUGCACUGCUACGGCGAGAUCACCGGAUGGCAGUCGCGCUGUACCCGCUGAAGGCCGUACGUAUCCGCUGGCUCGGGGAGGUGUCAAGGUACAGCGGCGGCUAUCUAGUUACGCACGUAUGCCGGACGACGACGUGUUUCGCGCGCCGAUCACUGUCGGUGUGCUCGACGCGCUCACGGCUCCGCCAACUGUACCAGCAGGGUGUCACUUUCAAGUGUUGCGUGGAAAGCCUUCACCCACUAGCUGUGCUGAGUGCUCUGUAAUGAGACAUCGGCCCCCAAGCAGUUACCAGCGGCUGUCUUACGGUGCGUCUCAGCUCGCAUUUGAAGUGGGCGCUCUCCACCAGGGCACUGGCGCUAUAGUUACCAUGACAAUUACUGAAGACGGUGUGUUACCGGAGCGCAGAAUGGUGUCCGUCUGUCUUGGUGCCAAGUCGCAGUAGCUGCGGAGCCAGUGGCCGCCAUCGACCGCAGCAACUGCGACAAGCCUGAUGGAGCGAUCAACGACAGGCGUUGUCAACAGUCCGCAGCCCGCGGCCGGUGACCGAAGGUCCGCUAUGCCGCCCAUCGCGCACUGCGUGGCCUUUUGCGGCGCCUUCGGACUUGUCUUCGCCGUGAGCGGUGCCGUGCUCCUGUCCAGUGGUCUGCCCUACCGGCGGCUCCAGUUGCGCAUCAUCUCGGCGUGCAUGCUCGCUAUGGGGGUCGUCCUCCUGGCCGCUGCUAUCGUGCUCAUCUUCGCGUGGCGCAAUCGCCACCACAUCGGAGCCGUCCAGCGAGCGCGCCACCGGCGACAGCGGCACGCGGCUCUCGUCAUCCGCGUGCCCACCGUGAGCGGCACGUACGUGUACUCCUCCACGCCUGCGGGUGCAGCUGCGGGAGCGGCUCCGUUGAGCCCUCCCCCGCCAGCCUACGAGGACCUGCUGCCACCGCCGCCGUCCUAUGAGAGCGUGAUGAUGCUCAAACGGCUUGAGAAGGCCGCUAAGGUGGCGCAUCAGCUGGCCGAGAGCGCGCGCAGGGGCUCCGCACCAGCCGCCGCCGAUGUAUAGCGGGCCCGUGCGCAGAUGAGACUCACGCCAAGGUCCUGUGAGCAGCGCCGCAUUCAUCCGCGGCCCUGCCGAUAGCCGCGCGCGAUCACGUGUGUGCGCGUUUGAACAACUAUCCACUCGGUUUCCGCGUGUGCAUUACCUCAGCAGGCCAAACUAGUGGAAUAAACACAUUGCGAUAUUCCGCUUUGUCUA